UCCUGCCCCGGAAGUGCAAGCCUGGAGGUCGUGCAGGUGUGGAUUCCGCCGGCGAGGCGGCUCCUUUCGAGAUGCCGGGGGCUGAGGCCAAGGGCUCGGAGUUGUCCGAGAGGAUCGAGAGUUUCGUGGAGGCACUGAAGCGGGGCGGUGGGCGGCACAGCUCCGAGGACAUGGCCCGGGAGACCCUGGGGCUGCUGCGCCGGAUCAUCACGGACCACCGCUGGAGCAAUGCAGGGGAGCUGAUGGAAUUGAUCCGCAGAGAAGGCCGGAGGAUGACGGCCGCUCAACCCUCAGAGACCACUGUGGGCAACAUGGUGCGGAGAGUGCUCAGGAUCAUCCGGGAGGAGUAUGGCAGACUUCACGGACGCAGCGACGAGAGCGAUCAGCAGGAGUCCCUGCAUAAACUCUUGACAUCCGGGGGCCUGAGCGAGGAUUUCCGCUCCCAUUAUGCUCAACUCCAGUCCAACAUCAUUGAAGCAAUUAAUGAGCUGCUUGUGGAACUGGAAGGGACAACGGAGAACAUCGCAGCCCAGGCUCUGGAGCACAUCCACUCCAAUGAGGUGAUCAUGACCAUUGGCUUCUCCCGAACAGUGGAGGCCUUCCUCAAAGAGGCUGCCCGAAAGAGGAAAUUCCAUGUCAUCGUGGCAGAGUGUGCGCCUUUCUGUCAGGGUCAUGAGAUGGCAGUCAAUUUGUCCAAAACAGGUAUUGAGACAACUGUCAUGACGGAUGCUGCCAUUUUUGCUGUUAUGUCAAGAGUCAACAAGGUGAUCAUUGGUACAAAGACCAUCCUGGCCAACGGUGCCCUGAGAGCUGUGACAGGCACUCAUACUCUAGCACUGGCAGCAAAACACCAUUCCACCCCACUCAUCGUCUGUGCACCUAUGUUCAAGCUUUCCCCACAGACCCAGUGGAGGCUGGAAAAAGCCACAGAAGUCUUGAUCCAGGAAAAGCCAUUGAUAGUUACAACCUGUCAGCUUCAGGAAGUCAAAAUUGUAAGGUCAGGACAAUAUGCAGUUGGGGAAGGCCCUUUGUUUACAUUGCCACCACUCGCUGACACCAUUUCUGAAAAUGCCAAUUCCCCAAUGAAGAAGAUUCAUUUCACAAGUUUGUGGCUCCUGAAGAAGUCCUGCCUUUCACAGAAGGUCACCCUGAUCCCAGCUAACCAUCAUUUCUGAGAUAUUGCAACAUCCUCCUAACAGUCUCUCUGCAGUUACUGGGACUCCAUCUCCACACCCGCUCCAGGCUCCACACUGAAGCCAGAGCAGUAUUUUCAAAAUGCAAAUGUGAUGUGACAUGUGCCGCUGCGAAAACAAACAAUAAAAAAGAAAACAAAAAGCCUUCAGUAGUUUCCAAUUGGUGUUGGGAUGAAGACAAAGCUUGUAAUUGGUCUUUAAGAUCUGGCUGCAACCCACUUGUCUAGUCUGUCUCCUGCUCUCACACAAGGAAGGGCUUGCCCUGCUUCCUAACACUGAAGGAGAGGAAAGCACAGAUUGCCUAUUAUUCCCUCGGCCCAGAAUACUCCUCCCUCCUUUCCUUACCUAGUUAACUUACACUUCAGAUCUCACUUUACCCACAAAACCUUCCCUGACUUCCCUACUAAAUCGAAUCUCCCAAUACAGAUUCUUACAGCAUCUUGUUUCUCUCCUCCAUAACACCAGAGUUAAAAUUUUAAUUGUUUGUGUAACUAUCUGUUUCUCUUGCAUGUAUAUUUUCUCCCACCAUUGUAUCCCUAGCACAGUCCCUGGCAUGCAACAGGCACUCCAUCAAUAUUUGUUGAAUGAGUUAAUGUUAUUAUUUACAAAUUGUUGUUGUUUUAUU